UAAAAGCAGGCUAUACUUAGCUAGAGCGAAAUCGGGCAACAUGCGCCUUUCAGUCUGAAAAAAGGGCACCUUUUCCCUUUCAAUAGGCUGACUACCAUCCAGGGCAGUACGACGAACAUUUGAUACUCGAGCAGCGGAGUCGGAACCACAACGUGCUGUUCUUCUAGAAGUUUCUACCGGUCCGUUGCAGACCUGCCUUCGUGAACAAUACCACCCGCAGCGGGAGUCGAGCCUCUUUUACCUGUUACUUGUACACACGUUCCGCUGAGUUCUUCGGAGGAUGCUACACUGAAGCUAAAGCUAACUGUUUACAUUCAAGCGGGCUGGCUAACAGUGAGGCUAACGGCUGACGGAGCUGUCAGUUGAGGCUAGAGGGGAUACAGCUACGGCGGGCUGGCUAACAGCGAGGCUAACGGCUAACGGCUGACUGUUAGCUGUCAGUUGAGGCUAGAGGGGAUACAGCUACGGCGGGCUGGCUAACAGCGAGGCUAACGGCUAACGGCUGACUGUUAGCUGUCAGUUGAGGCUAGAGGGGAUACAGCUACGGCGGGCUGGCUAACAGCGAGGCUAACGGCUGACCGUUAGCUGUCAGUUGAAGCUAGAGGGGAUACAGCUACGGCGGGCUGGCUAACAGCAAGCUAACGGCUAACGGCUGACCGUUAGCUGUCAGUUGAGGCUAGAGGUGAUACAGCUACGGCGGAAAAAUAUCGUGAUUUGGAUUAAAAUACACGGAACGAACACGCGUUUCCUGGACAGAUCAAAGCUAAGCGGUCACUUCCUCGCUCGCUGCCAGCGGAGAUGUUCGGGUGUCUGGUCGCCGGCCGGUUGGUGCAGACCGACGCGGUUCAGGUGUCUCCGGACAAGUUCGUGUUCACCCUGCCGGACUACGAGAGCGUGAACCACGUGGUGGUGUUCAUGCUGGGCACGGUGCCGUUCCCCGCCGGUACCGGCGGCGCCGUCUACUUCUCCUUCCCGGACCCGGCCAGCGGCGGCCCGGUGUGGCAGCUGCUCGGCUUCAUCACCAACGAGAAGCCCAGCGCCAUCUUUAAGAUCUCCGGGCUGAGGGGAGGAGAGGGAGGGGCGCACCCCUUCGGCAUGAUGGCCGCCUCCUCUCUGUCUCCCUCGGUGGCUCAGGUGGGAGUGUCGGUGGAGGCUCUGGAUCAGCUGGCCCAGCAGAUCCCCGUCUCCAGCGCUGCCGUGGCGACCGUGGACUCCUUCCUGCUGUUCACCCAGAAGAUGCUGGACAGCCUGUACAACUUCGCCGCGUCCUUCGCCGUCUCGCAGGCCCAGAUGGCGCCGAACCCCUCGGAGACGUUCGUCCCGUCCGGCUGCCUCCUCAAGUGGUACGAAAACUUCCAGCGCAGGAUGAGCCAGAACCCAAACUUCUGGAAGAACUGACUCCCAAAAAAAAAAAGACUACAGACAGUUUCCACAGUGCCUACAGCAGAGGGGGAGGGGUCGAACUCAACUUUAGCUGUGUGUGUGUGUGUGUGUGUGUGUGUGUGUGUGUGUGUGUGUGUGUGUGUGUGUGUGUGUGUGUGUGUGUGUGUGUGUGUGUGUGUGUGUGUGUGUGUGUGUGUGUGUGUGUGUGUGUGUGUGUGUGUGUGUGUGUGUGUGUGUGUCCAGGGCCGGACAUGUUUAGUUUAUCGAAAAAGCCAAAAAUCUUAGACUUUAUUACUGCGUCUUCUCACCUGCUCACACACACAGACAGAGACACACAGACAGACACACACAGA